CCAUGACUUUUUUGGGUAAGCGGAUGUGGUUGGUCCGCCAUAUCAUUCGUGUGGGUCUGUGCUUGUGUGGUUUGGGUGUCUUACCGGUGCCAACCAUUAUUUUUAAUUAGUAAUAAGUUAUGCGUAUGAAUCCAGACAUGGACGAUGAUGAGAAGGGAAAACUGUUUGUUGGUGGGCUAUCAUGGGAGACAUCGCAAGAGAAUCUCCAGCGCUACUUUUCACGUUAUGGUGACGUGAUUGACUGUGUGGUGAUGAAGAAUAGCGAGUCUGGCCGCUCCAGAGGCUUCGGUUUUGUGACCUUUGCUGAGCCAUCACUUGUUAAUAUUGUCUUGCAAAAUGGCCCUCAUCAACUUGAUGGCAGGACAAUCGACCCAAAGCCAUGCAAUCCACGCACGCUUCAGAAACCCAAACGUGGGGGUGGUUAUCCUAAGGUGUUCCUUGGGGGUCUGCCUUCGAACAUUACUGAGACCGAUUUGAGAGUUUUCUUCGGAAGAUACGGAAAGGUCAUGGAAGUCGUAAUCAUGUACGAUCAGGAAAAGAAGAAGUCCAGGGGUUUUGGUUUCCUGUCAUUUGAAGAUGAGAUGUCUGUAGAACGUGUGACUCAGGAACAUUUCAUCAACCUUAAUGGAAAGCAGGUGGAAAUUAAGCGCGCUGAACCCCGCGAUGGGUCUGGAAAACUGGGUAGUGGCGGUAGCGGCAUGGGUGGUGGUGGUAUGGGUGGAGCCCCAGGGGACGCGCCCGCUGCAGGCCAAUGGGGACCGCCUCAAGCCCCAAUGAAUAUGAUCCAGGGCCACAAUGGACAGAUGGGUGGUCCACCCAUCAACAUGCCAAUGGCUGGACCGAACAUUAUGCAAGGAUACCAAGGCUGGGGGACAUCUGGACAGACUUCGUACGCGUCGUACGGCGCAGCCGGUGGCGGUGCGGGCCCCGGAAACUACCAGGGCUGGGGUGCUCCGCCCGGACCCCAGGCCCCGCCGCACGCGCCCGCUUGGCCUGCCACUAACAACUACACGCAGCACGCACAGCCGCCGGCUCAGGGCUACGGCAGUUACGCGAACUACAGCUCGGCGCCGGCGGGCGCGUCCGCGGGCGGCAGCUGGACCAACUGGAACAUGCCGCAGAACUCCAACUCGACCGGCUCCGCAGGCUCGUACGUGCCGCUGUCCGAGGGCGGCGAGAUGUACGGACGCGGCGGAGGCGCCGGCGCCGGAGGGGCCGCGCCUGCGUUGGCCGGGGCGCUCUCUUCUGCGGCUCUCAGCAAGUCAUCGUCGGCCGACUACAGCACUUACCAACAGUACCCGCCGGCUUAUCAGCAGGACCAGGGCUCGUCGUACGGCGGCGCUUCUCGGGCCUACAGCGCGGGCGGCGAGUACCACUCGGGCGCCGCGCAGCCGCCAGCAGAGGGUGAUGGUGUUGUAGGCAGCAACGCGGGAAGUCCAAAAUUUGUUCAACAGUUGAGCGAUGCUAUUGGAACACCUCCACAGGUUGCUAUGGUGUACUGCAGUGGUAUGGUGUCACCACAGUCCUCAUUUUGUAACGUAUCGGAUAUGUCCGCCUCUGCCUCAGGUGAUGAUUAUGAAUACACUGGCGGCUCCGGAGAUGGUUACCAGAAGACAUCCAAACGGAGCUACCACGGAUCUUCGGGCGCUGCUUCCGCCUCUUCAUACCAUCCCUAUCGGCGUUAAUGAGUAACCCUUCGUUUCUCAUGGUAGCCUAGUACCUGCGUUUGUAAACGGCUGGCUAGCGGUUCUCUUUUGACGUGGAGCUUUUUCUUUCUUUUUUUACUAUCCUCCUUAAGUUAGUUCACUUAGAUUUUUGACUUUAUUAUAAUGACAUUUUUUGCCAAUCAUUACAGAACCGCGCAGCAGCUUAACAACUUUGUAAAAUAAUGAUGUAUCUUUUCUAUGAGCAAUCAUUGAGUUUUUAAAUGUCUUUUUUAUGGAAUCGCCUCUGUGAGAAUUAAUGAAUUAGUAUAUCUCUGAAAGAUAAUGUAUAUGCAUUUUUAAAUAUUAUCUCAAAGGUGUGAUUCCGUGUUAUUGUUAAGAAGUUAGCAUAGUUUUCUUAUUCAUGUAUUUUCAAUUUGGGUCUGAACUAGUUCCAAAUUGUAGUUUUCACAUACAAUACGAAUUGCUUUCGUAAAAUAAGACAAAGUCGUAUUUUUAUAUGAUAUAUUUGAUUAAAAGCAUUUUAAUUAUAUCUGUUACAAAAGUCAAGAUAACACCAGUGUUAUUUUAGAUUUAACCACUGACCAACAGACGGUUUACAUAAAAUUAUUCUAAGUUAUUACUAUAUCGCGUCCAAUUAGAAUUACUGCAUUUAUAAACUUACCCUUUGAACUAGACAAAAGACAUCGAAUUUUUCAUCUUGACAAUUUUAAUUUGGUGCGCUUUUCACAAUUCAGAAAAUAAAUGUCCAUGUAUUUAAAAAAAAACCUUCGCCAAAGUUAUUACUGUGCAAAUUGACUAUGUAUUUUGUUUAUUUCAAAUAAAACACCUUCUAUCUGUAA